AGCUCAAUGGGCAGCCUCCCCGAGAAGAUGCAGACCCUCCUGCUCCUGGUGGCCUUUCUCCUACCCGCUGGAGCUGGAGCAGGGGAGAUCAUCGGAGGACAGGAGGCCAGGCCCCACUCCCACCCCUACAUGGCAUAUCUCCAUAUCGACACCCCUGCGGGGGGAAUCACUUGUGGAGGGUUCCUGGUGCGGGAAGACUUUGUGAUGACGGCAGCUCACUGCAGGGGAAGCUCCAUCCUCGUUACCCUGGGAGCCCACAACAUCGGGAGGCAGGAAAGUUCCCAGCAGCAGAUCCCCGCGCGCAGAAUCAUCCCCCACCCUGGUUAUGAUACUCAGGACAAUCGCAACGACAUCAUGUUACUGCAGCUGGAGAGCAGAGCCAGUCUAAACCGCUUCGUCCAGCCUCUACGCCUGCCACACUCCAGAAGCAGGCUGCCUCCGGGCACCACAUGCACCGCCGCGGGCUGGGGUCUGAUCGGCCUGAACCGGAGAACCCAGAACCUCCAGGAGGUGCGGCUGAGAGUGCAGAGGGAUGAGCCGUGCAACCGGCGCUUCCGCUUCUUCAAUGGCCUGACGCAGAUUUGCGUGGGGGACCCAAGGGAGAGGAAGUCCGCGUUCAAAGGAGACUCCGGGGGUCCCUUGGUGUGCAACAAUGUGGCCCAGGGAAUCGUGUCCUAUGGAGACAACGUGGGAACACCGCCGGCCGUCUUCACCAGAAUCAAAAGCUUCAUGCCCUGGGUCAGGGAAACAAUGGGAUACUUGGAUCAGUCUGAGGCCCUACCAUGA